CUCACUAGCUCAUGCCCUGUUUCAUGACCCCACUGGUAUAGAUGCAUUAUAGACUUCCUUAUACUUCAUAUGUGUCAUGAGUGAUGGCGAUGCCUGCAGAAUCUGGCAGUACCGGUGCGCAGAGCAGUGCUCAUGAAAAAAGCUCCAGCGCACCGGAACGCAACGGUUAUGUGAAAACAUGUGUCAUCCCGCUGUGCCGUGACCGAGAUUACGAGUCGUGGGUGAGGCUAAUGUUCACAAAAAUAUGGAGUUCCCAAAGACUCCGGAGUGCGCUGUGCGCGGGGUCGCUCUCGGUUUUUCUCGCUCUGUUGGUCAAAAGUGCAGACUGGAGCGCUGACAGCACACUUCUGCAUUCAUCGUCCCCCCUCCACUUCGUCUCAGGCUGCGCAGCGGAGCUGUUGCAAACUUGCUGGAGUGUGCUUUCGCCAUUGUUCACGCUCGUAUGUGCCUUCUUUUGGGUCGGGGUCUACUUGAUCCGCUGCGGGGUUCUCAUCCAGACCGCCCUCUCCCUCCUAACCCUGUGCCACCUGGGCGAGGCGGCGGCGUGGUCACUGCUGGACGGGACAGAUGAGCAGCUACUCUCCUUCUCCACAGCAGCCGUGGUCGUGCUCGCGUGCGUGGCCACCGGCGCACUCAUGGUAGCGCGGCUUAACCAGGGCAUAUCCGUGAUCGUUUUCAUCAGCCUGGUUAGGACUAUCUCGCUCUUCUCGCUGCACAAAGUCAGGGCCACUUGGAGACCGUACGUGGCGUACCUGGUUGGAGUGCUGGGCAUCCUGCUGGCGAGGUAUGCUGACAAGCUCCUUCCCAACCAAGGGAGACACAAGGAGGGCUGCACCCCCGUGACUGGAGGCAGGGAAGAGGUCCCUGUAUUUAAAAGGCGCAGGAGGUCCAGUUCUGUGAUAGCCUCAGACAUGGCAAACAGUCAGUCCAACAGUAAGUCACAUCGGCGGACCUCUCUGCCAUGCAUCCAGAGGGACCAGAUGCUCCCCCGCUCGGAUUGGGACCACAAGAGAGGCUCCCGAGGAUCACAGUCAUCAGGCACCACUGUCAUGGUGGACAUAGCAGUGAUGGGAGAGGCCCACGGACUGAUCACAGACCUGCUGGCUGACCCCGCUCUGCCCCCAAACACCUGCACAUCACUGCGGGCUGUCAGCAAACUGCUCACCACACAGCUCACCUUCCAGCCGUUGCACCGGCCACGCCCUGCUCCCCUGCUCAACCCCAGUGAUGCCUACACCUUCUCCGACUCAGAGGAGGGACCUGAGAAGGGAGAGAAGACUUCCAUCCACAAGCGUCUGAGGCGGAGUCUCCACCCUGGACUUCUACGGAGGAUCUCUUCCACGUGGACAACCACCACCUCCGCUACAGGUCUGCCCACCAUCGAGCCUGGACCUGUACGAAGGGACCGCAGCGCCAGCAUCAAACCAUACCAUGAAACACUCACCUGCAGCUGUGGGAGACCUUACAUCAGACUGAGCCAUGGUGAGGGCUCUUUAGACAAGGGAGACAGGAUACCACGGCCAGAAGACCAAGUGGUUGUGUCAUCAGACUAUGACAGCACCCACGAAGCCAACCACAGUGACAGCAGUGAUGUAGCACAAACAGAGGAGGACACAGAGGAGGGAAAAAACCCCACCCAGAAUGUCAUCCUGCACCCGCUAAUACCUCCAGAGGAAAAACCUAUUCUGGCUCCGGAGCCGCUAAUAAUGGAGGACUUGGAGCCAUUGAUGAGUCAGCUAAACAAUUGGAACUUCCCCAUCUUUACUUUGAUGGAGAAAACCAGUGGGAAAUGUGGACGCAUCCUCAGUCAGGUCUCCUACAGGCUCUUUGAAGACACCGGCCUGUUUGAAACCUUCAAAAUCCCUGUCAAAGAAUUCAUGAACUACUUCCAUGCCCUUGAAAACGGUUACAGAGACAUACCAUAUCACAACAGGGUCCAUGCCACAGAUGUUCUUCAUGCAGUCUGGUACCUCACCACGCAACCUGUGCCCGGUCUGCCCAGCCUCAUGGCAGACCAUGGCUCUGCCAGUGACUCAGGUGUGUCUGAUGCUGCAGACUCUGACAGUGGAAUAACGCACAGUCACAUGGGCUUCCUGGUUUCAAAGACCUACACUGUGUCAGAGGAUGGUUACGGCUGCCUGUCAGGACUCAUACCUGCUCUGGAGCUCAUGGCCCUCUAUGUGGCCGCAGCAAUGCACGACUACGACCACCCAGGGCGGACCAAUGCUUUCCUCGUGGCCACCAGCGCCCCACAGGCAGUGCUCUACAAUGAUCGAUCUGUCCUGGAAAACCACCACGCUGCCUCAGCCUGGAACCUCUUCAUGUCCCAGCCGGAGUACAACUUCCUCGUCAACUUGGACCAUGUGGAAUUCAAGCGUUUCCGUUUCCUGGUCAUCGAGGCUAUUCUGGCAACUGAUCUGAAGAAGCACUUUGACUUCCUGGCUGAGUUCAAUGCCAAGGUUGGUGAUGAUCCUUCCACGGGUAUUGAUUGGUCGAACGAGAACGACAGGUUGCUGGUGUGCCAGAUGUGCAUCAAACUGGCUGACAUCAAUGGGCCUCUUAAGUGUAAAGACCUGCACCUGCAGUGGACAGAGGGCAUUGUCAACGAGUUCUAUGAGCAGGGUGACGAGGAGUCCAGUCUUGGCCUUCCCAUCAGCCCCUUCAUGGACCGAGCUGCGCCACAGUUAGCCAAACUUCAGGAGUCAUUUAUCACACACAUUGUGGGGCCGCUGUGCAACUCCUACGACUCAGCCUGCUUGAUGCCAGGACGAUGGGUAGAGCCCAGUCCAGAGGCUGAGGAGCCGGAGAUCACAGAGAAUGAAGAGGAAGAGGAGGAGGACACAGCAGAGGAAGACGCAUCAACCAGCUCAGAGGCAUCACAGAAAGCAGCUCCCAAGAAGAGGAGGAAAGUCUUCUGCCAGAUCACGCAGCACCUCCUGGAGAACCAUGAGAUGUGGAAGAAGGUGAUCGCAGAGGAGAGCCAGGGAGCGGAGUCCGUCCAUUUAAACAAUGUAGCCGAGCCGAUCCUGGCCAUUCACGAGGAGGAGGAGGAGCCAGGCAGCAGAGAGGAGUUGGUGGAGGGAGAGGAUCCUGAGGAGGGAGUGGAGGAAGCAGAUUGGCCUGCAUCCCCGCAGGAAGACUCUAAACCUCCAGAGGAACUAGAGGAGGAUGACCCACAGUGAAAAGGCUCAUGGGAAUUAUGGAGUCUGUCAGGGCGAGGACAUGAAGACGUAUUUUUCUUCUUUUCCUAUCAAAUGACUCCUGUUUUUGCCAGCACGUCACUUAGACACAACACUGUAGAUGUUUGGGAAAUGUGUGCCUAUACAGAGAAGAACAGGGUGGGAAAUUUUGUGCUUUACACGUUUUAUCUGGUUGCACCAAACAUUUAACGGAGCUUUCCAUAAUGCAAUACAGGAUUAUUAGUAUUAUUUGUGUACUUUGGGAUACAGACUCUUUUUGCUACUGUCGAGAGAAGAGAGAGACUGGUUGCACAGACCUCAACCCAACGUGGUCACACAGGACUGCAGAAAUUUGCUGCCAAUUUAUACAUAAUUAUUUUCUGAAUGCAAUUCUAUAUAAACACCACAGUAACUUGUACUUGUGUUUCAAUUUUAGCCAGAGUUUUUUUAGGUCGCACAUGGACCGUAUUAUGUUUUUAUAUAUAUAUAUAUAUAUAUAUAUAUAUAAAUAUGUAAAAUGGAUUAUAAAAGGAGCCAAUCACAUGAGGGAACGUUGGCGUAUCUUUCUUCCUUUCAAUGUCUGCCAAAAGGAAUCGCCCACAGGCUUUAGCACACAAAAUUAAAUAUUUAUGCAUUUUAUUUUUAAUAUUUGUUGCCAAAUUAAUUUCUUUCUACCUUAAGUGUUACCAUAUUUCAAAGGAGAGCUGAGGCUACUGAUGAGUAUACAGUAUGUUUGUGUGACUGUGUGUGUGUGCAUGCGUGUCUGCAUAGUUAACACACUUGGUCUUUACAGGACACAAAGCAUUAAUGAAGCAGAUUAUCUGUGGGGUUUCUUUUGCCAUCUCUGGUCUUCAGGACCAAGACAAGUACAGUCUUUGAAGGGUUAUCCAUCCUUAAUAUUGUUGACCAGAGGUUGGCACUAAGUAGGGGUGGUUUUAGGAAUUUGGAGGCUCUGGGCAAAGACCAGUAUGAGGCCCUUCUUCAUCCUGCUUGUAGCAAUUAUGGCAGAAGAUUUUUUUUUUCUUCAAUUAACAAAGCCAGAGAACAACAUAAUUACGCAUUUACACUUACCAGAUGUGAGCAAGCAGCACUUGCAAAUAACUUAAUAAUUGUUUUUAUUGACAUUUACCACCCAGUAAUCUACUAUUUCAUUGAAUGGAUGUUUCAGUACAUCUUCCAUGCUAUAAUUUGCUUGACAUAAAGACGAAGGGAGACUUUUUGAGUUUAAACUCAGUCGAGGGUCCAGGUGCUCUCCACAGGUAUUAUAACACUCCAAUGUGACCUGGGUAAAUUAUCACCUUAAUAUAAAAUAUGUAUUUUAUUUCUUACUUUUGCGUAUGCUUUGAGGGACCUUAGAGCAUGAUGAAACCACCACUGAGAGAAAAGUCUAUGAUGUAAAUAAAACCAAAAAGAGAGAAAGGAAGUUAACAAAAUUUUUGCCAAGACUGCCAAAGUGUUAAUGAAAGGAAAAAAAUGACUUAUUAGGCAGUCAGUUAUUUAUAAAGCAUUAUAAAGGAUCAUAAAUCUAUGCUAACGGUCACUCUAUACAUAUGUCAGUGGGUUUAACACAUUCUUAGCAGUAAAAGUAGCAACAAGAUGCUGACUCUUAUUAUUCAGUGUAUAAUCAUUAGAAGAAUACAGUGUUUUUGUCAUUUCCUGUAAAGUGAUCAUUCUGGAGAUAGGAGGUCUUGGUCUGACACCAGCAAUAUUCACUAAAAGGAAUCAUGCAGGAUGCCAGAUCACACAAGAGGAACAAGCAGUCUGCUCAGUGAAAACAAGCUCAAAAUAAGUGACUCAGCUCCCUAAAUGCAUAAAUAAAAGCCCAAAACAGCUGACCUUACCUACCACAGUGUGUAAGAGUAUGUUAUGCAGUACUUUUAGGCAUGUUUGGGGGAAAAAUUAGGCUGAGGUAAGGUGUGUAAUGCCGUGGAUGUCCCAAGGUCCCAAAAACCACAGGCAGUAUAUAGGCGUAUCAUCAGGGAUGAAAAGACCUGUACAAAAUAAAGGCUCAUGAGCUCGACCUUGGCUGCAGAGGGACACGUGUGUUGAUAUGUGUUGAGCUUGAUUCUGGCCACCCCCUCCAGUGCCAAAUUGUGCUAUAGCAGGCCCCAGGAUGAAUCCUUAGCACCCCACAUGCCUGAAAUGUAUGCACAUGAUCGUACGUGUCAAUGAUUACCAAAAUGGGAGUCAGGACCUCAGGGCGUGGCAAGAUACUCACCUAGGGGGGGUAACAAAAUGCCUUCUAAAAAUCAAUGAAAAAUAUGUUUAAGUAUGAAAAAAAUCUGAGUCACCAAAGUAAUGUACAAAAAAUUCUUAGUAGUCAGUUGACAUGGGUCUGCUGCAGUGAUUUUCUGUUAUGUUGGUCCCUAACUGGUGCUAGGAAAGGUCUGUAAGUGAGUGUCUUCUGUGGUGGGUAGCAUGAUAUGCUUUACCCUCCCCCAGGGAGAGCUGAGGUCCCAAGUCUCUGGCAGCCUCUUGGGGGUCAUGGGUUAAAAGGCUGGCUUAAUUCUUCAAGUGCACAAGCAGCCAUCAACACUGUACUAUCAAUUAUUUUUCCUUUUUCUUUUGUUUCAUUUUGUUUUUACACAGUAAAUCCAAUGCCAGAUAGCUUCAUAGAGGAGAAAGGUGCUGAGUUUUUGUGUAUUUAUCAGUACUGGCAUGUUGAAUUGGAUCUGUGUGAAGUGCACUGUAUUUUACAUUUACAAAACCAGCACAGUGCCUUUGACCGCUCUCCCACUUGAGGUUCUAACUUUUCUUUUAAACAUGCUCUCUCUCUCCCACUCUUUAUUGUACCUACACCUGUUGUUCACUCAAUCAGCCGUAGGCAUUGUUAGUCUAGUGAACUUCAGACUGAGUGACAACAAAAUUAUAGGAUUUAUGGGCUGUCUUUAGCUGACACCUGUGAGUUUUUAUGUGGGGGGAAGAGAGGGGCAGGGGUAACCAGGGGAACAGUUGUGGAUGGAUCCUACAAUAGGACAAAAUGUAGUAUUCUGUUUUAUUGGAGAGAGCAAGGAGAGAAGCAGGAGGAAUAUGUACAGGGAGAAAGGCAGGCCUAGAUGAUAUUGGUGUCAAGCCAAAACCUUAUAUCUCCAAAAUCCUACUUUUCAAGGAAUUAAAAAAAAAAAAAAACAUUGUAUUUUUAAAGUAAUCCACUAAAUGGUCAUAGCCAGCAUCUUUUUGGCACUUUUUUUUACAUUCGAAUCGGUUAUGCAGAUGUAAAGGGUGACCAAUAGCACUGACAUAUAAAAAUAAUUAAGAUUAUGAAAACUGGAGAUUCAAGGUUUUGGCCUGAUGCUAGCGAUAAGCAACUACACUUUAGAAACAAGUCCAAAAAAAAUAAGAUGCCACCCAUGACUCACAAUAUUUGUAUGAAUAUUAGAAGCACUGAUAAUUGACCUUAUUGGAUUAAAUCUAUUAUAUUUAUAUGAAUGUUUUUCAUUAAAACACUAGAUUUCAACAUUUUGAGGAAAUUACAGAAUAUAAACUGAGACGUAGGCUACCAUUGUUAUUUACAAUGCAACUAUGGCAGUAAUGGCAAAUGGUUUCAUUGUUCCUCGUCUCUUUUCCUAUGUGAGAGUCAUCCGUGUAACCUUUUUGAUAUGAAACCACUGGUAGUGUUGGGGAUUGAAGAGGUUACUCACAAUCUAGAUCAGGGCUGCCCCUCCCUAUAGGCAGACCAUGCACAGCGCAUAGGGGCUCGUUAUUUGUAUUGUGCGCAUCAGGCCAGUGUUUGUAUGAUAAACAUGAUCAAGAUAAUGUAUAUAAAGUGUCGCCCAAACAUAAACUUUACUUGGGCGUCACAAAUUAGUAAAUAGAGGGCAUCAUGUAAUGUAGGGGGGCCUCAUACCAGAGUCUUCUCAGGGCCUCACUUUGGCCUUAGACGGUCCUGAUCUAGAUGAAAGUGAAUACUUUCAGGGAGGUGAGGGGAUAUAAUACAAGAGUGUCAUUCAAAAGGCCAUAAUGUCUUAAUGUGCAGGGUUCCUUUGAAAGGCUUAGAUCAAGAUUAAACAUUAUAUCAAAACCUCCUCUUCAUUUAUAGAUUAGACAAAAAGAGAUUUAUGAUCCAGUCAAAGCUGAUAAGACUGAUCUGUGCUGCAGACUUUUACAGCAUCAUUGUAAAAUAAGGAGAGCAGAAGCAAACAUCAUUACACCUGUCAGUGGUAAAACAAUGAUCCUUCCUGGAAUUAAGUUGAUGUGCGGCUGACAACCUUGUAAAAUUCACCCCCAGUACAGGCUAAGCAUUACAAGCAUUCUGUGUAAUUUAAUUAAUUUUAUAGUUUGAGUCAUAAAAAUUCUUGUUUGGAAUUUCCCAUUAGCCAAGAAGCUGUCACUCAUACAGAGUGGAUGUAAAUUUACCCCACACUGGCCAUGAAAUUACGUGACAUUGUGUGUCCCAUGUGGUUUUCACACAUGGGGAAAUAAGUGCAGAAGAAGUACAAUGCUUAUAACACUUGGAGAGUAAUUUAAAAAUCCAGGGCUAUUGUUUCCUUCUUGCCAAAAAUCAGAGUGAAGAAAAAGAAAAUAGGUAGUGUGAGUGUAAUAAUUUUAGAUCCUGAUUCCACUAUUGUUCAUUCUUUAACUUACAUAGGAGACUAAUGUUUAGAAUUUGAAUUGAGACAAUGUCGCAUAGAUAUACUAGACAAAGCACAAUUCAAGGAAAAGGUAGAAAUCUGAAAGUGACAGUAGGUUUUUGUUAGUGAUCAACAUAUUGUAAAGUUAAAUAAGCCAUCAACCAACCAACAAAAAUCAUGUGAGGAUACUGUGUUGCAGUGGUUGCACCAUUGCCUCCCAGUAUAAAACUUCCCAGUUUUUUAUCUGUUAAGUUUGCAUUUCUCCCAUGUAUGUGUAGGUUUCUCUGGGUAAGCCCACAGUCCAAAGACAUGCUCAUUAGUUUAAUGAAUGGCUCUAAAGUUGUCCAUAGGUGUAACAGGUCAUUUGUCUCUAUAUGUCAGCCUUGUGGUUGACUGGCAACCGGUCUAGGGUGUACCCCACCCCUUGCUUAAUGAUUAGGGAUUGGCUCCAGCUGCCUUUGACCCAGAACAAGAGAAGCAGUAUAGAUAAUGGAUUGAGGGAUGGACAUGUAGCAGCAUUUCUGCUUCUGGCAGUCUUAACAGCCAUCAAAAACACUCACUACGAAAAAGAAAAACUUGUACUCAGAGUGGAAAGUGUAAAAAGAAAGGGGAUUUGGAAGUGUCCUAUCAAUCACUUAGUCUAACUCUGACCAGCAGUGAUUUAUUAUAAUGGGCACUGUUCCACCAAUCACAUAGAGAAGAAAGUCUACUUAAUUAUCUUAUUUAAACUCUCCAAGUGUCUAUCAGCCCCUGUCAUCAGUGACUAAAGGCAGAUCAUUCUGGUUAAUUUCUCUGUAAAUACAAUACUUCCUGGUUACAGGGCGCUGGAAAAGUAGUAGUGAAUGUAAGCUCUCAAGAUUUUACCAGCUGACCAAAUGAGUCUCCCUCUGUUGGUUUCUCUCAAACAAACUUUUUUCUCCUUGGACAACUGACUCUGCGCCUGUUAUGGUUAUGUUCUUCUAAAAGAGUUAAUCAACACGCUGAUGCUAGUAUAACUAAAGCUAAGGGAAUGGCCGAUGGCACUGUUGUAACACCAUAAGUGCUAAUCGUCACCAACUCUCCCCACCCUUACCUUUUUGUGUCUGUGCCACCUCUGAUGCCAAAUAUCUUUCACAUCUUUAGUAGAGCAAGAGGGAUACCACACAUUUCAGAUGCCCCCUCUUGCAGACCACUACUGUGAGAAGCCACUGUCAGAAUGAAAGUGCCAUGAAUUGCAAUGUAUUUGAUGAUUUUUUAAAUUACUGAUAAACACAGUCUGGCAGUAAUAUUCAUGAAAUAACCACAUUGCAAACAUUACAGACCAAGCAACAUUUUAUAAAUAAAACAGAAAGGGGCAAAGGUCAUUCUGGGACAAAUUAUGUAUAGACCUGUUUUAGGAGUAGAUGUAGCAUUAGCCUUAGCUAAAGCUAACAUAGCUGUGCUAGCUAUGUAGUCAACAUUACUAUGUAGGCCAGUGUAGCUAAGUUAGCUUUGUUAGCAAUGUGAGCUUAAGCAAACAUUGUUAAAGUUGUAGCUACGGAGGCUCAUAGGUAACAUAGAUAUGUAGCUAAAGCUAAUGUAGCUUUAAGCUAAUGUAGAUAAGUUAUGUAGCUACAUUGGUUUUAGCAACAUGGCAUAAGCUAAUGAAGCUUUGUUAACUUAGUUAUAUUGCCUGUGUAACUAUUUUAUCUACGUCUCUUACGAGGCUAACGUGGCCUGUUAGAUUUAGCCUUAGCUAUGUUAGCUCCGUGAGAGCUUUUUCAUUUUACCAGACUGCUUUUUUGCUCUAUUAAACAAACCCAAUUUAGAAUUUGUUGCAUUAAAGGUGAUUCUCUUUAGCUUCAUUAGCUUUUGUGGCAGCUAACCAUAGCUACGCUACCAACAUAGCGUUACUACAUAAGCUUAUGUAGCUAUGUUAGCUUAAGCAAUGUGAGCUUCAGCAAACUUAGCAAAUGCUCACUUUGCUAAGUUUGCUAAAUAGGCAACAUAGCUAAGUAAGCUUUAGCAGGUGUAGCAUAAGCUAACUUUCUCUGUUAACUUAGCUGUGUUCAUAACAGCUGUUUAACAUGAACAACAUGGGUUUAUGAGGUUUGCAAAACUCUUGAUGGUAUAUAGCCUUCAGCUGCAUUACCUAUUGAGCUUAUGUAACAGAUGUAGCUUUGUUAGCUUUAGCCUUAGCUACAUUAGCUGCAUUAGAAUAUUUUCAUGGAGGACAGGACUGUCUUGUAUCAUUAGCUAAAUGAAUACAGUUUAUAGGGCAAUACUCUGCUACUUUUGCGUACAGCGGCUCGUUUGCAUUAGCACGCAAUGAAUGUUGGGAUACGACGGGCCCUGAAGGAUGUACUGGAUGACCCUUUUUGGCCCUGGGAUAAACAAGCAUUUGAGAGAGACUUCAGAAUUGGACAGCUUUAAUGGCAUAAUUGCUCUUUAAAGGCACCAUCAAAAGUAUGCAGCCCCUGAAAUGGGAUAUCACUCGCCCUUAGGAUUAUGCGCUAGCUAUCCCUGCUGACACUUACCAGUGGUAGUGUUUUCAGACAUUAAAUAUGACUAUACUUAGGUAUCAAGAUUAAUUAAGUCCAUUUCAUAGCCAGGUCAAAACUCCUCACAGGAGCUUUAAUUGUUCAGUUCAGUCAUGCUCAAGAGUUUUCCUCAUGGACAUAAAGUAUUGUUCCUUCCACAAAUUUUCUUAAUAGAAUCAAACAGAACAACCUUUGUGCAUAUGACAUGAUAACAGAGUAACAGUCAGGGUGCAGGAUGUUAAACAAAAUGUAAGAGGAGGAGGGCCUCAGUUUCAUGUAAGGCAAAGUCACAUGCCAGCCCAUGCUUUCACCUAAAAAAAAACACAAGGUUGCCCAGUGGCACAUCCAACUACUCAGUUGCAUGUUUAGGAUGCAGAAUAUCCCUCAUGAAUGUCCCACAUUGCUUUAAUAAUUCACAUUUACAAAGAAAAUGUGUUUGAGGGACCAUAAGUAGAUCAUGAGUGAGUACAGUCCUCUAUGCAGAGAUGGCGUGUCAACUCUCCAUCACACAGAGUGCAGUGAGGCAAUAUGUAAUGAAUUAUCCACCGCUAAUCUUGUCGGGUUCUCAUGACCUACAUGCACAUCUGAAAUCUCUUAUGCGCUGGUGGUAUCUUGUCUGCACCACAGCUCGCCUCCAUAAUCUCAUCUCUUUUAACUGAUCUGUAAAAAAAGCUGAAGAGCAAACAUAUAAGGACAGAAGAGGCAAAUAACAUUGGAAGAUACAUGUGUAGAACAUCACGUCCUGGUCUGCAUUAACAUACUGAAUCACAACACAAUGUCCCAGGCUGCGGUGAAUUGCGAAGUACAUCCAUAAUGGCCUGUUUACCACUGCCCUGACUCCACUAUAGUGGAGAGGAGGGGGGAGGGGGGAGUCAAACUGCAGCUCAGACCACAUGAGCUGAGGAUAAUUUGUCAAACCACUGUGUAGAAAUGAAUUGAACAGACAAUCACUUACCCCUAAACCUCCUUUGUAUGACCAAAUUAGUUUGAAGCCACUGAAUCAGAACAACUUCUUCCACUUUAGGCCAGCAUGUUGUCUCAACUCAUUGUGUCCUAUUAAAACAUGCCUGCAGUUUCCUGUAUGUUGCAUGCAUUUCAUGCCUAAUGAGCUGUAAUUAACAUAACAGACACAAUGGAAACUUUUCAUUCAGAUUUUGGAAACACUUCACGAGAUAGGACUGGUGUUAUACAAGCAAGCGACUCUUAUGAAGUCUGAAGGCUUAUACUGACUAUAACUGGCUAAUGGACCUUCCUGUCUUUGCUCUACUACCCAGAUGGAAACAGGCACUGUGAACAGUCUUCUUAUUGUUACAAAGAGCAGUUAAGCAGCAUUGGGGUGUCCACAGGGUGGACUUGCUGGUGUGUUUUAUAUCAUUGUCCCGUUGCAUAACCCAAGAGUGCCUGAGCUUGAGGUCAUGAACUGAAGGCUGGACAUUCUCCUUCAGGAUUCUCUGGUAGAGCAGAAUUCAUGGUUCCAACAAAGUCCUGAAGCAAAGCAGCCCCGGACCAUCACACUACUACCACCAAGUUUGACUGAUGGCAUGAUGUCUUUCUAUGAAAUGCUGUGUUAGUUUUACGCCACAUGAAACAGGAAGUACAAUUUCCGAAGAGUUCAACAUUUGUCUCGUCGGUCCACAGAAUAUCUUCCCCAAAAGUCUUGUGGAUCAUCAAGAUUUUUUGUUGUUUUUGUUUUGUUUUUUUUUGGGGGGGGGGGGGGGGGCAAAUGUGAC